AUGUCUCUCGGAAGGACCGUCAAGUUGAACACCGGUGCCAGCAUCCCUCAAUUGGGGUUUGGCACCUGGCAAGCAGAGCCUGGUCAGGUCAAGGUCGCCGUCUUGGAAGCUCUCAAGGCCGGCUACCGCCACCUUGAUCUCGCCAAGGUCUACGGUAACCAGAAAGAGAUCGCAGAGGCUCUCAAGGAGGCUUUCGGCGGAGCUGUUCCUGGCCUCAAGCGUGAGGACGUCUUCAUCACAUCCAAGCUUUGGAACUCGCAACAUCGCCCACAGGAUGUGCCCGCUGCUCUCGACGACUGCCUGGCUGAGCUUGGCCUCGACUACCUCGACUUGUACCUCGUUCACUUCCCUGUUGCAUUUGAUGAGCCAAGCAAACCUCACAGCCAGCUCUUCCCUCUGGUAGAGAGUGGUGAUGUGAAGAUGCUCGACGACAUCUCCAUUGUCGACACCUGGAAAGCCAUGACCAAGCUGCCCAAGGAGAAGGCGCGCGCUGUUGGUGUCUCCAACCACACCAAGGAGCACCUACAGGCACUCAUCGAUGGCAGUGGCAUCACACCCGCCGCAAACCAGAUCGAGCGCCACCCGCGACUACUCCAGCCCGAGCUCAUCCAGUUCUGCAAGGAGAAGAACAUUCAUAUCACCGAGUACUCUGCAUUCGGAAACAACAUGCUCGGCCUUCCUCUCCUCGUCCAGCACGACACCGUGAAGGAAGUCGCCAAGGCCAACAGCGCCACUCCCGCACAAGUCAUCCUUGCCUGGGCACAGGUUGGCGGACACAGCGUCAUCCCCAAGUCGGUCACUGCAUCGCGCAUCCAGGAGAACUUCAAGGAGAUUGAGCUUUCCAAAGAGGACUUUGAGAAGAUCGAGGAGAUUGGCAAGAAGGAGCCCCGCCGCUUCAACAUUCCGUAUGUUGCCAACAAGCCCCGAUGGCCCGUCAAUAUCUUCAACGAGCCCGAGGAGAAGGAGGCACCUCACAAGGUCAUUGUCUAGGUGUGUCAUGGCGAAGGAUGGCGACCUCUUGCGUUGCGUGGCAUGAGAGCUCUGUACGAGCUUGCGCACGACGUAGGUAUGAACCACGAUCGUAUAGACUACAUAGAGAAUAGACUUCGAUUCGAUGAUCAAG